UUUGACUCGCACUCAGCACUGACAACAAAAAAGCACAAACACACUUCAAGUUCUAAGCAAAAAAUGGCUCCAAAGGUUCUACCACAAACAUUGAGUCAUCGAUGUUCAAGAAGUUUAAUGUGGGGAAUAAUCUUCUGUACUAUUGUGAGCAGAAUAGUGGGUUUGUUUCUGCAUACCGUGUGGAUUUGUGACUGUUUCUUCAGAGAGUUUAAGAUUGGAGUUCAAUGCCAAACAUUUUCUCUUUACCCGAACCCAGAAGUAAUUUCUGCGAUCUGGCUCAUAAUUGUCAGCUUUACAUCUUUAUUUCUGAUCUCCUACGCAAGGCGUUUGCCUGAAUUUCCAAGCUUCAAAUCAAUUACCAGCCAUCUUUUUGGAAAGAAGUACUUCUACAAGCUUUGUGUCACUUUCAUAAUGGUAAUUAUAUACGAUUUGAUUACCAUUCUUGGCGGAGAAGUUAAAGUACUAAAAAGAACUAUCGUAUAUUAUCUUUAUAUGCUCGAACACACCACUUCUUUUUUCCUAAUAUUUACGUUAAACUUCGUUCCAAAGUUCGUCAACAAUACAGCCUCGCAAAGUAGAUUGAAAACUGUUGUUUAUAAGAUAACUUUGCUCGUUUAUUCCAUCGAAAAUUAUGUCAUAUACGCACUAGGGACUAUUAUAGCUGCGUAUAAACUGGUAGCAGUUCAAUCAUGUAGUUUGAAACAUUUUGAAAGCCAGUACAACAUAUCUCGAUUGUGGGAAAGUGCUAUGGGAAAAACGGUCUGUCACGAUGCUACAUCUGUUGCUAUGUUAUUGCUUCUAUUAAAUUCCAUUUCUCUCCGUCAUACUCUAGGAGAGUUUUUUUUGACUAAAAUCUUCCGAGAAAAUGUCGAUGUUYUCGACAUACCGUUGAAACCAAACACUCUACAAGAAACGGUGGGCAUUUUUGCAGAAGAAAAUAGGGAAAAUACUCGUUUGUUGAAUCAAUGGUAGGUAACAAGGUACGAGAACUAUCAGAA